AUGGGCUGCCUCCCGUGCAUGGCCCUCAAUCCAGAGGUGACGGCCCUCAACGACUGCUACCCGCCUCCCAAGGAGCUCGUCAAGGCUGCGCCCGAGUUCCAGCCCCUGUCGCAAGACCUGAGCAAGCUCACUUACACGGCCACCAACAAGCCGUCGUCGCUGGCAAAGAUCGGCGAUGAACUCGAGAAGCGCGUCACGCGCGAAGCAAAGGGCAGCAGUGGUGGUUAUCCCAAGAGCCGCGCCUCGCUGCUCAUCUCGCUGCGUAUCCUGCAAAAGCUGUUGACCGAGUGCAAGCGUGACAUUGGGCUGUUUACGCGCCAGACGAUGCGCAUGAUCAGCGCGUCCCUUGAUGUCAAGGUGUACCAGACCAACAACACGGAUCUCGAAGUGGUGUCUCGCGCGGCGUCGUGCUUUGUGGCGUUUGCGACAUACACGGAUGGCGCGUCCAUCGGCGUCGACGACUCGCUCACCCACUCGUACCUCUCGUUGCUGUCCAAGUUUGCCUCGCUGGCCACGUCGCACCCCUCAUCGGAAAAGCCCGACGUCGAAGAACAGAGCCGCGCGCGGCUUAUCGGUCUGUCGGCGCUGAGCGGCGCCGCAAACUCUGAAGCCGUGUUCUCGUCCUCGGUCGAGUUCCCCCGCCAAGUCAACGUCAUUGUCCCGGCCCUUUUGUCGAUCCUCGGCGAGGCCCCGCUCGCCGAGCUCAAGGUCACGUCCGCGAGCGUGACCACCGGCGAGCCCGUCUCGCCAUACUUCCACGAGGUGGUCGCCGGCGGCCUGCCCCCCGGUCCCCGAACGGACCGCCGCGCCCCGUCGCUGCAGGAGCAUGUUCCGGGCGAGAAGGGCCCGUCCAGCGAGGACGUCUACUCGGCGGCCUUUAGGUGCCUGUACAACCUCGUCUCCGAGUGCCAGAGCAACCAGGCCGAGCGGGUGCUUGACGUCGUGUUCAACUUCUUUGACCGCCACGGAUGGCAAGACGUCGAGCGCUGCUGCUGGAUCACAGAGCGCAUGACUGCCGCCAUGCUCCUCCAGUCGCGUUCGAUUGUGCCCACCGCGCUCGUCGACUUGCUCCUCAACAUGCCCGACGACGUUCCCCCGACCGCCAAGCACACCACCGUUGUGGCCAUGGUGACGACCGUGCUUUCGUCGUCCGUCUCCCUGGUCGGUCUCGGUGUGACGGACAUUCUCGCGUCCCUCAUCUCGGUCAUCAUCCGCCGGGUCAGCGUCGACCAGCGCGACGGCCUCAUCCCGGCCCUCGUCAACUGUGUGGCAUCCCUCGGCACCCACAUCUACUACGCCGACCAGAUCAACGACAUUGUCGAGGAAAUCGCCGUCCAGAUGGCUGCCAUCCCGUCCACGGACCCUGCGCGCCAGGAAAUCCUCCGCGUCCUCAUCCACUGUAUCACGGGUGUCAUGUCUGCCGCCGACAGGGGUGACGAGGCCGAGGCCCGCGCCGUGUCGCCUACCUCUGAGUGGCCUGAAAAGUCUGACAAGGGCAAGGGCCCGCAGCUCGAGUCGCCCGCGGUCGAGAUUCCCCGUCGCGACCUUGGCCGCCGCAACCCCAUUGCCCCCGAGGUGUGGCAGGAGACACUGCCGCUGCUCUGUGAGGCGACCUACCCGGUCCGUGCCGUGUAUGCGCGUGCUCUGCUCUUCUACCUCGAGACGGAGAUGCCGCGUGACCGCAAGCCCAGGCCCGACGAGCCCAACAUUGUUCGUUUCUGCAACGCGCUCCAGGCCGCCAUCUACACGCUCGCGGUCAGCUCGCGUCUCGGCGUUGGCGAGCCACUUCCGUCCAUGCCUGCCACGCCCAAGGAGGAGAUCCUGGAGGGGGGCAACAAGACCCGGUCGUCGACGCCACACAGCAUGACCCCGCCCCGUGGGAGCGUCACCUUCAACGUCGUCAGCCCGACCCCGGGUACCGAGACCCCGUCUGGCACCGGCCCCCUGUACGGCAACGGCCUCGGCAACGGCGUGCCCUCGCCGCGUACCUCGAUGAGCAACAACGGCUCGGCCUUCCCCGGCACGUUCAACCCGGACAUUGAGCGCACCAUGUCGCAGCGCUCGACCCACGGCGGCGCGACCCCGCCGCGCAAGCCGCUCCGUGGCGGCCGCCGCGUGUCGCUGCCCCUCAACCGCCUCCUGCAGUCGUCUCCUGAGAUCACGUCGUUUGACAACGUCGCCACCCCCUUCGACUACGCCGUCAUCCUGCGUAUCCUGGACGAGCUGAACAACUGCUGCCCCGUCGCCGCGCUGCUCACCGAGGUGCCGAUGCUGCUCGCGCUGGACCGCGACGCCGGGUGCGAGCUCAUCCGGCGCAACGCCGGCGCAGCAGAGGACUCGGCCUGGGUCCUGGAACGCAAGCGCGCGUGCCGCGAGACCGCCGCCGUGUCAUGGCGCCGGCUCGGCGUGCGCUGGGGCGUGCCCCACGUCAUCGAGCUGUCGGACCGCGCCAUCAACUCGCUCUCUGAACCCUUCAUCGUGCCAGAGUACCGUAACCCGGCCGGCCACGGCAUCGAGUUCCGCGACGAGCCCGCGCAGUUUGUGCGCGACAACACCGAGGGCGAGAGCGCCGCGUCGUCCCUGCCGCUCCUGGACGCGACCGAGCUCAUCGCCGCAUUCAGCGACGCGCCCGCCCCCAAGGCCGCGUCGAUGCGGGACGCGCCGUGGCUGCAGGCGCGCUUCAGCGCCCCCUGGUCCGUCGAGGCGGCCAUCCGCGAGAGCGUCGAGCGCUUCACGUCCCCCGUGGCCGGCAGCGACAGCGCCGCGGCGGCAACCCUCAUGGCCAUCCCCAACACGUCGUACCAGUCCCUGGGCCGCCCCGUCAGCCGCGCAGUCGACGUCAGCGACCUGCGCGAGGCGCUCGGCAACGGCGCAGCCGGCAGCGCGGCGGGCUCCAUCAUCUCCACCAGCCCCAGUACCGGUGCCGCGGGCGGGUUCGGCGCGCUGGGCAGUGGUGGCCACGGCGCUGGCGGCGCCGCUAACGCCGGCAACGCGGGCGCCGUGGGCGCCGUCGCGGGCGAGAAACGCGCCAAGCCAGACGCAAAGGAGAUCCUCAAGGAGAUCUUCAAGGACAAGAAGCCCAGCAGGGCGUGA